UCAUAACAAAAAGUUUCGAUUACUGCUGUUUUUUAAUCCACCAAACGAUCUUUCAUAUCGCCGUCAAAAAAUGGGGGUAUGAUACUGAGUUACGGGCGGCUAUGAAAGCUGCGUCUGAAAACUACAAGUAGAUUUUCAGAGAAUCUGACCAAAAAGGUCAUAACACUUACAAAGCUCUUGUUUGUCUCGCACACAUUUUUCUCUGGCCCUUUAUUGCGUCAUUUCAUUUUGUAUAACCAAUAUUACGCUUCAUUUUAGCGCAUGCUAAACUUAUUUCAGUAACUCAAUAAGCUAUUUUCAUUUUCAUUUUAGCGCAUACUAAACUUAUUUCAGUAACUUAGUACACCUUUCGCGUUCACUAACCUUGUCCGGUUUGGUAAACCACAAAAGGAGAGGUCAAAGUCAGGAAGAAAAAAAAGGACUGGAAGUACAGGACUGAAACACUUGAGGACAGGACUCACGAGUAUAGCUCCAGAUAAAGGAAUCCAAAGAAAAUGUUUCAAAUCUUGCUUGAGGCAUCCUCGAUCUUUGAAGUUUGAGAAAGGCUGCCAUCGCUGACAAGCUUAGUAAAGCACCAUUUAAUCUGCUAUCAAAACACAGAAAUGGCAAAUGUAUCUGAGUAUGGAAAUCACACCACGAAUCAAGCAGCAUUUUGCAUCAAUAUGUCAUUCGGAAAAGAACUGCAUCUGUUUGUUGUUGUGCUAAAUAUCUGCUUGUCUGUAACUGCGUUUACGUGGAAUUCUCUAAUUCUCGUCGCAUUGCAGAAGUGUUCAGUUCGCCCACCCACGAAACUGUUAUUCCGUUGUCUCGCCAGCACAGAUCUCUGCGUUGGUCUCAUUAUGCAGCCCUUCUACGUGACUUAUUUGAUGAUCAGAGAAUCCUCUAGAAUUUGCCGUCUUCUAAGAACACUGACCAGUAUUGCAAGUGGAAUAUUUUGUGGGGUGUCACUGACAACACUAACUGCAAUAAGCGUGGAGAGACUUCUCGCCCUGUUGCUGGUAAUGAGGUAUAGGGAAGUGGUUACUCUUACACGCGUUCGUAUUCUGGUGACCAUACUGUGGGCUUUCUGUGGCAUCAGUUCGGUGCUGUUUUCUGUCAGUUUUUACGUCGCUGUAGGAGUGGUCAGCAUCGUUAUGGUAUUAUGUUUAGUUAUCUCCGCUUUCUGUUACACGAAAAUUUAUAUUGCUUUCAACCGACACCAGAGACAAAUGGCACAAAAUAAUCUCCAGAUAAAUCCUAAUAAUUCCGGAGGAAAAAUUCUUCUGAGCACACCACGAUACAAAAAGACAGUUUCCUUCUCUCUGUUGUUGCAAAUGGCGUUAGUGACUUGUUAUCUUCCCUUUGCAGUUGUUGCAGGCCUGUUUUCCUUCACCAAAGUUCGAUCGUCAAUUCUUGAUUUCGCUUGGUUCUUGGCAUUGUCUGUCGUCGCGUUUAACUCAACUCUGAACCCAAUUCUCUAUUUCUGGAAGAUCCAAGAUGUCAGACAAGCAGUAAAAGACACAGUUAGAAACCUUGCUUGUCGCUAGACACUUAAAAUGAGACUAAUGUGGCGAGACAGGUGUCAGGAUUGUAUCUGUUCAAAAAAUUUAUUUUAUCAACACUUCUCAUACAUUAAAUUCCUUAUUGUCUAACUUGUACAGUGAUCACUGUUAUUGAAGGAAACCAGAGAGUGGGAAAGGAAAAAUCUGCGAGGUAACUUUUUGAUAUUUGGCUCCCCACCAAUGUUUUUUCCCCUCCUCUCCCCAC